AUGGAAAUUAACAUCACAUCAAGAGAAACCAUUAAACCAUCACAGCCAACUUCUGCAGAAUGCAAAACCUUAAAAUUAAGCUUGAUAGAUGGGUUUCAACUCAACACCUAUUUUCCAUUGAUCCUCUAUUACAGCAAAACCACCAGCCUUCAAGGAUUCUCAGAUGUCUCAACUCAGUUGAAGAAAUCGCUAUCUGAAGCACUAACCAUUUUCUACCCUCUUGCAGGUAGAAGAAGAGAUUACGUUUCCAUUGAUUGCAACGAUGAAGGUGCAAUUUUCAUGGAAGCUUCAGUGAACACCACAAUGGAACUGUUCUUAAAACCACCAAAUUUAGAACUGCUAAACCAGUUACUUCCAUGUGAGCCUGACAAGUGCCAUCCUCACGAAGAAGUGUUGCCCCAGUUACUUGUUCAAGUAAACAAAUUCCAAUGUGGAGGAAUAGCCAUUGGGUUGUGCAACCUCCACAUUCUCUUGGAUGCAUAUUCUUAUAGUGCCUUCUUGAAAACCUGGUUUGCAAUUUGCAGAGGGUCAAAGGGAGAAAUCUCAUGGCCAGAUUUCUCUUCUGCUGCUUCUGCCUUCCCUCAAAGAGACAUCACUGGUAUACGUGGUUGCACGUUCAAUCUAAUAGAAGAAAAUUGCAGCACAAGAAGAUUCUUGUUUGAUCACAAAGCCAUCAAUGAGCUAAAAUCCAUGUCAACAAGUGAUGAAACAAAACCAACACGAUACCAAGCAGUAUCUUCAUUCGUAUGCAAACAUAUGAUUGUAGCAAUCAAAGAGCAAUGUUGUGACAAAACAAGACCAAAUGUUGCAUGUCAUACUGUGGACAUGAGAAGAAGGAUGGGGCAACCUUUCUCAAAAGGUGUUGUUGGAAAUUUGCUUUGGCCUGCAUUGGUUGUUCUUGAGGGUGUCAACAAGAACACUGAGAUCAUAGAUUUGGUUGAGAUUCUAAAAGAAGGAUUUGGUAAGCUCACAAAGGAUUUAUUUCUAAAACUUCAGAAUGAUCCUGGUUUUUUGUGGAGUGAUGAGUAUGCAGAGCUAAUGCUUGAAGGUAUAGCAACAAAAAGACCAAUCUCAUUGGUGUUCACAAGUUGGGCUAAUAUGGGAUUCAAUGAAGUGGAUUUUGGUUGUGGAAAACCUUGUUGGCUAUCUUAUAGAGGAGGUACUAAAGAAACAACCUCAAACACAGCAAUAUUGCUGGAAACAAGAGAGGGAUUCGAGGCAUGGAUCAGAAUGUCGGAGAAAAAUAUGAAUAUCUUGGAAGAUGAUGUGGAUUUCCUUCGAUUUGCAUUGCUUAAUCCUAGUGUUUUAAUCUAA